CUCUGAGGUCUGGCUGGUUUUACUCUCUCCCUCGCUAGGUUUCAGUCAGAGUUCCUCUUUUGCCUUUGAGCUGUCCUGUUCAAGUGGGAGUAGAUUUGUCAGAGCGACACAGUCUCGUCUCUGGGGCUCAGGACGGAGCCGUGGAGAUCCAAGCCAGCGGGAUGAGGACGGUUACACCGUCUUACCACCCUACGUCCGGAUCUUCCCGUAUCCCCCUGCGGCUUCUGAGGAAGGACAGAGCUGCCUAGAUUCGAGCAUGGAGGAUGAGGACGGCUACACCAUCUUAAGUCCCCGCACCCGCGUCUUCGCCCGGGAACCCGCGGCCUCAGGAAAAGGUCUUCCUGCUGUGUCUCCUCGCUGGCGUCUUGCGGCAGUGACUCUUGGUAUCGUCUGCCUGGGCCUUCUGGGAGCCAUUGGGAUCUUAGUCUUUCAGGCACUGAGACCGGUGAACGGGCCCUGUUCAUCAGAAAUGUCGAAGAACCACAUUCAACCAUCCAAGUCUCCUCCAGUCCGGAAACGGGACUCUACAAAAGCCCCAGAAACCAUAACCAUGGUCCCAGAACCCAGAUCCAGAAUUUGCCCGCCGAACUGGAAUAGAAACGGGGAUUCUUGCUAUCUCUUCCGCUAUACCCUAGACAACUGGAAUAGAAGUAAAAUGUUCUGUGAGUCUCAGAGGUCUCAUCUCCUGCGGAUCAAUAGCCACGAAGAGCUGGUCUUUAUACAACACCUCACGUCCAACAACUCUCAGAUGUCCGUCUGGAUAGACCUGACAUCCCGCAGUGAUGGUUCCUGGAUGUGGGGGGAUGGCUCAGUUUUCUCUCCUCACCUGUUUGACAUCAGGCAGACAAAUAGUUUGAAUCGUUGUGCCUGGAUCCACGAGAAUCUCGUUUUCGAUGCACUUUGUAGUUCCUUGGCUUACAGCAUCUGUGAGGAAAAGGUACCACAUAAUCUAGGAGGCAAGAGAUAAAUCCAUUCCAGACGCUUCCUGCAGGAAACCGCCCUUGAAAAAGAACGUAGUCUGUGCUGAAACUUUGAAGAAGAGGCUGUGCCCCUCAUCUAGAGGACUGUGGCUCCCAAAGGGAAGGGAGAGGAGAAAAGUUUUGUUAAUGGAACCUCGACCAUCAAAUCUGGGAAAUUCCACCACUCACUUCCUCUGUGAUCUCACCAAGAAGCCUCCAAGCCCCUGAUCUUCUGUUUCCUCCUCCAGCUAUAAAGAAUAUUAAUGGGUCUGGAUUUAUCUCACAGCAAUAUUGUAAAGCAGAGCAAGGAAAGAUCCAAAAAGCGUUCCGAGUCCCCAAGAGGCAGGAGCGACGGUGGCGGUGAUGACGAUGAUGGCGUUGAUUGUAAUUAUGAUCUUGUGACCCUCUGAAUUAGAAUUCAGGGUUUCCAUGCGGAACCUGUAUAUUCCUAAGCCUUCCUGAGAGCGCUUUCUUUUUCACGGAAAAGAGCUGCUUCAAACGCAACCAUAAAUAAACAAACCUAAAGCUACGAGGAAUACAAAUCAGCCUUUCUCCUCCGGCUUAUCUACUCUUUUCUCCCACAGUCAUCCAGAAUCUCCAUUUCUCUCAAGCCAACCUACUUAAUCUGUGUCAUUUUCAUCUUUCCUGCCACCAAUCCCUUGCCAAUAACAUCUUCCCCGAGUGGACUCGCACCUCCCCCCUUCCUUCCACCCCCCAACACUUCAUAUCCAGCAGAUCACCGCUUUCCCCAUCUUCCAUGUCCUUCUGAAAUCCUUUCUCCUCCAGGUGGUCUUCCCUGAUUCCUCUCACAACUCCCCACCCUAAUUUGCUCCCUACUGCCAUGUCGGCAUUCUACCAUCACCAAAUUACUUCAGGUACCACAAGUCCCAAUAGCAUCUAUGCAUAUGUCUUAGAUUUACUCUUUUCCUCCCCUAUCUCUAAUUAUUCGAGUGCCUUUCUCCUUCUUUAGGCUGCUAGUUCCUUGAGGGCAGGAUCGCGUUUUACAACUCUUCUGUAGUCUUCCAAGCAUUUGAGCCCAGAGUAGUUUCUCAUUGAAUGCUAUUGAUUGACUGAUAGGGAACUCAAAGUCCAUCCUAAAGGUGAAUAAAUUAAUAUCAUGUGAAAUAUCAAA